GUCAAUUUUGAUGUGCAUCCUCUGUUUCCAGCCAGCAGCAUAAAGAUGCCGUCCGUUGUUCUCAAAGUUCUUGGGUUAACAUUAGGCCUAUUCUUUAUAUUUGUUGGAACAAUAAAGUUGACACCCUCUGUCAAUGCAGAUAUUUAUAAAGAAAUGAGAAAAAUCUAUAUUCGAAAUUCCAAAGUUUUCCCCCUUGUGAAACAGACGGGAUGGAAACCUAACCCACAUACUUACAGAAAAACAGUUGGAUCUACAGAAAUAAUUAGUGGAGCAUUUUUGGCUUUUCUCCCAGGUCCUCUCAAGGAAUUGGCAAACAUCAUUCUCCUGCUUAUCACAAUGAAUGAGAUUUAUGCUCACUAUGCCCUUGAUGAAGGCCUAGAGAAAAUGAGCCCCGCCAUAGUGUUUUCUCUUCUUUUAACAUGUCGGCUGGUCAUUUUCCUUCAAUCUCUCGCUGCUGAACCCAAGUCUGUGUUUGAAAAAAGCCAACUGGAACCAACCAGUACUGCAGCGACGGAUAAAAAAGAAUUACGAGGAGAUGAUAAGAAGGACCAGUGAUUAAAAGACUUUGUGUCUGUUUGUGUAUUAGUGACUUUCAUAAGCCUACUGUUUGACAACCUUUCAAAAGAACUCAUUCAGAUUUCUUUCACUUGAUGUUCAGUAUAGAUGACAAGAGGAUUUUUUUUUUCUUUGGUGAGAGUGAUGGUUUAUUUCAGAUUCGAUUAUUUAUUAACAUAUACAUUGCAUUUCAUGAAUUAUACUCACUUUGAUUGCACUGUUACAUAUUCAUUUAUAUAUAUAUGAAUGUCCAGAUAUAUGCAUUUGAUCAGGUUUAAAAAAAAAAGUGUUGUUUAGUAGUGAGACACUUAUUAUUUGUAGUGUGAUAUUAACUAUUUAACAAAAUGCUGCUCUGUUUAUAUUGAUGGCUAACUAUUUUGUGUCACUGAGUAUGCAUUAAGUAUAUUGAAGAAAAAAGACUACACUUAAUAAUAGAUGCUUGUGAAUUGUGUUACCUUGAAACAUUGAACUAACUUUUCCUUUUCAACUCAUAUGGCAACUAUUUAUUUGAAUCGACACUUUUCUUUUAGUAAUAUUUUAUAAGAAUUAAAUUAGAUUUAUUUAUUUGAUUAGGUAAGAUUGUGUUUAAGUAGCUUCGUCUGUGUGUGAUUUAGUCAAUGCACAUUGUCUGGAGUCGUCAUUAGAAAAAAAAAAUAGUGUUGUGUGGACAUAAUGAAAUUUAGUAAAAAUUGUUUCCUGGUCAUGGGGUAUGUGCCCUGGACUGUCACUCAGCUUGAUGGUCCUGGGUUCAUACCCUGCUCUCUACCAUCCCCAUUAUCCUCGUGGGGAAGGUUUGGACUAGGAAGUAGACAAGCAAGCAUUUUUUAACUAAUAGUUGAGUUUAGUUUCAUUCAAGAUUAGAGGAGUCAGUUAUGCUAGUGGUGUGAUUUCACCAUUUUCAUUUGCUAACUUUUACCCUGUUUGAACUCUGGCUAUUAAAAACAUUUCCAGUAUAGCAGCAUCAGUUAUAUGUUUCAUUUCGUAUUUCACAUUUCAUUAACUAGCAUAUAUUAAAAGCAUUUAUUGUUCAUUAAAUUAUGAAUGUUCAUAUUUUAGGUCUAACUGAAAUAGUUUUAAUCCAUCAACAUUAAGAACAGAACUUCUCUAGCCCUAGCCUAAAGAGAAGUUGGUGUAAAGAUUAUCUAUAUAUGCAUUCAAAGGUUCAUGAGGGUUUCCUGUGGCUAGCACAAUGACUUAAAUAUAUUUUCCCUAACAUACAGUAAGCAUAUUUUUUUUUUACCUCACAUAAUACUAAAAUAUCAAUCUGUCAUUUGAACUUAAGAUGCUUGGUACUGCUGUCAAGCACUUUUCUCCUUGGUCCUUAACCUAUUCUGUUUAGUACAAGAAUGCAUAAUAGUUUUUGCAAUAUUUUUUUGUUUGGGGUAGAUGUUACUUGAAUUUUAAAAUAUUGUAUGUAAAAACUAGGUAGAAUUGAAAAACUUUGAGGAUUAAUUUUGUUGUUGUAUUGAUUUUUUUAUUGUUGUUUUCCUGCUAAAACUGUGUUGUGUGUCUUCAACAAAAUAAUCAGUGCUAUUGCAAUAACUCAACUGAUCUUUGGUUUUAAGGCGUCUAAAAAACAUCAUCUGUAACUUAACAUUCGUGGUAUUGAUGCUGUGACAGUAAGCUUAACCAAAUUCCUCCACUUCUCCUGGUCAGCAGCUGUUCUUAACAGGAUAUCAAGAGAGAGUCCAGCCCAUUCUUUAAUGUUAUCCAGCCAGCUUUUCUUUGGAUGACUGUUUCUUUGUGCUCCCUUCACUGUACCUUGAAGAAUGACUCUUGUCCUACAAUAUGACCAAACCAGCUCAGCUUGCGUCUCUUCAUUCACAGUGUUGAGUUCUUCUUCCCUUUUGACAGAUAGAGUGUUGACUUGUUUUCUAAUCGUGGUAUCUGACACCCAGCAUUUUUCUGUAGCAUUUACUCUCAAAGACUUGGAUUCUUCUUUCAGCCUCAGCAUUCAGUGUCCAACCUUCACAAACCUAUAGGACUAUAGAGAUCACUAGUAUUUACUCUCAAAGGCUUGGACUCUUCUUUCAGCCUCAGCAUUCAGUGUCCAACUUUCACAACCGUAUAGGAGUGCAGAGACUACUAGUUAAGAAUACAGUUUUGAUUUUACUGGGAAUCUGAUUUACUUUUUCAGAUUUUCCACAGUUUGGUCAUGGCAGCUGAUGCCAAGCUUAAACAAGUUUUUAGUUCUUUUGUUGAUCCUCUGUCUGGUUAUGUUUGACCCUGCCUAAGAAUUUAAUUGAGUCAACUACUUCUAAUGUUUGGCCAUUCAACUGUAUGCAAGGUAUUCAACUGCAUACAAUUGAAUCUAGAAAUAUUUGAGGGAAUCAUUUUGUGGCUGUAUUUGUGUGAGAAGAACUCUUUUGUUGUAAUCUUGUUGUCGUGAAAUCAUUGUAUAAAUGUGUUCCCACUCACCAUCCGUUUCUGACCUUCACCUUGGUCAAUGUUCUAUAACUGAUAUGGGUUUAGUACUCGAUCAUUACUACUUUUAUAAUUGUUUAGUUAUACUUGAUAUGCCUAAAGUUUGAUUGGUGUACAAGGUUUUAAUUGCAGUGAGUAAAAAAAUGGUUCCCAAUUGUUUGUUUUGAUGGGUUUUUUUUUCCUAUGAAGAUGACUACUUGGAAUCUUUCCAUUGGAAAAUAUGUGUUAAUAAAUCUGUAUAAGCAAAAGUAGCUUCAUUGAUAUGGCCAUGAGCCUUAGUUGUAGCACUGCUUUUCAGCAUUUUAUUUCUUAAUUUAUUUUUUUCUUAGUUAUCAUUUGUUUAAUGAUUUAUUAAUUUUGUAUUUUUACAAUGCUAAUAUCAACUCACUCUGCCUGUCUGCCUGGUAAAAUUUUUUUGGUCCGUUAUUUCUCACACACCCCAACAGUGUAAAAUUCUUGUACCUGACAAAACAAAGCUAAAUUUUAAAAAAUAACCAAUUAGCUCAUUAACUAUUGCUGAUGAAUUAUUUUGAUUGGUAUCAAACAAGGAAAAGAUAUCGUAGUUGACAGACAUGGUGGUAUAAGUUGAGUUAGUCCCCUUGAGCCCUGAGUGAACAAGUUUUUUUGUUUUUUUUUUGCUUUUAAAAAGUAAUCACAGUCCUGUCACAUUCACCCAUUAUUCCCCCCCCCCCUUUUUUUUUUUCCAAUCCCAUAUGGUCCAUAGUGAUAGGAUCAUCAUAGUGCAUUGAAAAAGCUAAAAAUAUGAAAUAGUGCUAAACAAAAACACAGAUUUAUUGUUAUUGUAGAUCUUUUUACAAAUUUUAUCCCAUGACUGAUCCAAACUAUGAUACACUUAAUAUACAUAAUUUUUGUUAAAAGUGGUUUUUAUGUUUUUCUUGUUGUUUUGUUAUUUAUUUGAGCAUCUCAUAAGCAAAUGCAUUCUAGAGUAUUAUUGCUGCAUCGACAGAGAGCCCUCCAACAAAAUUAUAUGAAGUUAGCAUAUCAGAUAUAUUUUGUAUUGCAUUUUUUUAGAAUGUAUUCCUCUGGUUAUAAAUCUCUUUUAUUUUUUUUUUUCUCUAUGUUGUGAAUAUGCUGGAAAUUGGCUUUUUUUUUUCUUUUAAGUAUUAAUAUGAAUGGAACUUCUGGGAUGAUUUCUGCUUGCUGUCACACCCUUUCCUAUUUGUCUCUGACUUCUCUAUUGCUCUAUACAGAAAGUUGUUUAGUCUUCAUUGUCUGUUAUUAGUUGAUUGUACUUUUACUAGGCCUGUAUACAAGUCGCAAUGCCCUAGUCUGCAGAUACCGGGUACUAUGAAACCAAUGAUUCUGGCAUUAAAUAAAUAUAAAAAUGUUUUCCAUUGUAUUAUGUAGUAAUAAAGUGCAUAGGUAAGAAUAAUUUGUAAUAAAACUUUCUGUAAAAAGACAAGGCCUCAAUACCUACACAUAGUUACAAUAUAAAUAUAUUAUGAGUGUGACUUUAUUUAAUUUUUUUUUCUUCAAAAAUACAAAAAUGAUACCAUAGUGGUUGUAAAAAUGUAUAAUUUUUCUCUUUAUAAAAAUGCAUUUAAAUAUAUAUGUUUUUUGUUGAUUUGUUUUCACAUUACAGUAAGCAUUAAGGUUGAUGUGUAGGGUGGGCUUUUUUUAUACCUCGUACUAUAAAAAAAAACUAAAUUUCUUCAUCGUGAUCAGUUCUCAUUGUAGUCUGUUUUAUUUAUAUUUAAAUUUGUUGUUGCUUAAUUUAGAGAAAUUUAAAUACUGCAUGAUGUAUAUAAAUAGAUACUACAUAAUUUGUAAAAACCAUCAUUAUAUGUUUUUUUAAAUUACAAUAUACACACACCUACUGACUUAUAAAACCUCACACACCUGUAACAGACCAAAGGAACAAAAUCAAUUAACAUUGCAAACCAGUUGUAAAUGUAUAACUUAAAAAUAAU